AUGGGCCAUGGCGGUGACGGCCGGAGUCAUCGCAAACGAAAAAUCUUCAAGACCAUUCUCCUGUUCAUCCUGAGCCAAUGGCUCCUGGUCGGAAUGGGAAUUAUGUGCCUGCUGGCAUACUUGUUCCCGAACGUCGCGAGCCACGGAGGCAUCAUCCGGUCUGAGUACAGUGUUCUGUACGGUGCCGUGGCCGUCAUCUUCCUGAUCUCCGGGCUCAGCAUCCCCCGGCAGAAACUGGUCACCCACAUGUUCAACUGGCGACUCCACGUCCUCGUCCAGGUCACAUCAUUUAUCUUCGUCCCCGCCCUGAUGGUCGCGCUCGUCCACAUCAUCCUCGCUGGUGACCCCGCCGGCCAUAUCACUCGAGCCGUGUUGGCGGGCUAUAUUCUCACGGCCUGCAUCCCGACGACGAUCGCAUCAAACGUCGUCAUGACGCGGGCUGCUGGAGGCGACGAUGCCGCCGCUCUGGUCGAGGUGCUCGUCGCGAAUUUCCUCGGCCCGUUUGUCACCGCUGGCUGGACGGUGACCUUGCUCCCCAAGACGCAUGAAUUCGACCCAUGGCGGCAGGAAGGUGGCGAUCUCAGCAGUAUGUACAGAGAUGUCUUCAAACAGCUCGGUCUCAGCGCUCUCCUGCCGCUGAUUGUCGGACAGCUGAUCCGCUGGACCUGGUCCGAUCAGACGGUAUGGGUGAUGCAGAAGUUCUACGUCGGGAAGUUGAGCACAGUCUGUCUCUUGCUGUUGAUCUGGACGACAUUUUCAUCUGCCUUUGAAACCCACGCUCUCGAGUCUCUCACCACGCAGAGCAUCAUCUUCAUCGUCCUGUUCAACAUAGCUCUCUACCUCUUCCUCACCGCCGUGUGCUUCGUGAUCUCUCGGCCUCCACGAUUCCUACAUUUCCAUCCAUGGACCAGACGGGUCUUCCGCCCUGUGUCGCCCGAGGAAACGAUCGCGAUCUGCUUCUGCGGACCGGCCAAGACCACCGGAUUGGGAAUCCCCCUGCUCUACGCCAUGUGGACGCCUGUCGACCUCUUCACCAAGGCCCAGACGUCCGUCCCCGUCCUGCUUUACACGACGGAGCAGGUCUGCGUCGCCCAUUUCAUGGUCUAUGUGUUCCGUCGCUGGCACCGCCGGUUAAACCACCAGAAACGCGAUCUCGAAGAGAGCAUCGCGGAUGCGGAUGCGAAUGCUGAUGCUGAAAAUGGGAACGAGCAGCGGCGUCAAGACCAAACUACAACAACAACAACAGAUUCUUCGAACGGUGCUAACGAUGACAACAUUAAUAUGGCUGAUAAGAACGAUCACAUAUUGAUACAGGACUCGUCGGAGAAAGACGCUACAGGAGCA